AUGCUCUCCUCAACCUUCUCGGCGGCAGCCGCCUUCGCCGCACUCCUCCCCACCACCAUAUCCGCCUCGCCCCUCGGCCAGCCCAUCUUGCCGCGCCAAGUGCUCGAGCAGCCCAGCAUCAACGCCUCCCUCCCCAACAUCACCAUCUUCGCCACCGGCGGCACCAUCGCCUCGCAGGGAACCUCGUCCUCGCAAACCGUCGGCUACCAGGUCGGGCUGGGCGUGAAGGAGCUGGUCGAUGCCGUACCUGACGUAUUGAAUCUGGCCAACGUGUUUGGUCAGCAGAUUGCGAACGUCGGAUCGCAGAACGUGAACUCGUCGAUCCUGCUGCAGUUGGCGCGCAACGUCACGGAGGAGCUGGAGAAGGACGACGUGCAGGGCGUCGUCGUGACGCACGGGACGGACACGAUGGAGGAGACGGCCUUCUUCCUCGACCUGGUGGUGAACAGCACGAAGCCGGUCGUCGUCGUCGGCGCCAUGCGUCCCGCGACGGCGCUGAGCGCCGACGGCCCGCUGAACCUCUACCAGGCCGUCAGCCUGGCGGCGAGCGAAAAGGCAGUGGGGAGAGGCGUGAUGAUCACGCUGAACGACCGCAUCGGCUCCGCCUUCUACACGCAAAAGAACAACGCCAACUCGCUCGACACCUUCUACGCCACCGAGCAAGGCCAACUCGGCUUCUUCAUCAACCAGAUCCCUUACUUCUACUACACCGCCGCCUCCGUCCCCAACAAGCCCAACUUCCCCCCCUCCCCCACCGCAACGACCCUCCCCACCGUCGCCGUCCUCUACACCCACCAGGACGACGUCGCCGCCCUCGUCCCCGCCGCCGUCGCCGCCGGCGCCGCCGGCAUCGUCUUCGCCGGCAGCGGCGCCGGUUCCAUCGACGACGCCGUCAAGGAAGCCGCGAGCGCCGCGUUCAAUGCGACGGGUACGCCCAUGGUCGCGAGCAGGCGCACCCCCGAUGGCUUCGUGCCGAAGGAGGAUGUGGAGGAUUGGAUGGUGGCGGCGGGUUGGUUGAACCCGUCCAAGAGCCGCAUUUUGUUGCAGUUGGCCCUGGAUGCGGGGUAUGGCGUCGAGGAGAUUAGGGAGACGUUUGAUGGGUUGCAUCCGUAG